UGUUUGUUAUCGUUAUUAUUGGGAUGCAAUGAAUACUUUAAAUUUAAAUUUGUCUAUACCUUUCCCUUCGGCAAGGGAAGCGGAAAUUGUUUAUCAAGUACUUAGAGUUGACAAGGAACCUUCAAAAGGCAGUGUUUCAAAAGAACUUACACUAGAUAAUAAUUUAUUGCAGGUAGUAAUUACUGGGACAGAAGCAAGGAAAGUUCGAGUGGCAUUGACAGCAUUUUUUGAUAGUAUAAUUUUGGUAACAGAAACUAUUCAAAAAUUUGGUCCUCCUGCAUCUACUUUUAAUUAUUAUUAA